AUGGUUCGCUUGUCAAUCCCGGCCCUCUUGGCAUUCGUCACCCUAGCCGUUGCAACCCCUCAACCCAUCACCCCGGACCCCUCGGGAGCUAAAAACGUCGGCAACGGCGCCGGCAAGCAGUUCAUCACCGGUGCAUGCAAGAGCACCGCCGACUGCGCCCAGCCCGCCUGCUGCGCCGGAAUCGCCGGCGACUCUUCGAUCGGCAUCUGCUCUGGGCUCGCCGUCGGCAACGUAGCUGGAAAGACGGGUUGCGGUUUUGGCGACGGUGGGGCCGGGGCUGCUCCUGCUGCUGCUGCUGCUGCUACAUCUCCUGCUCGCGUCGCCGCUCCGGCCGCUACCCCUGCUGCUGGGAACAGGACUACCGGGGGAGCUGCGGCUGCGGCACCCGGCACGUGCAGGGUUGAUUCUGCCAAGUCGGGCAGCCAAAACGUCGGCAAGGGCAACAAGUCGCAGUUCAUCACGGGUCAGUGCCUCAGCAAGGCCGACUGCGCUUCGAACUGCUGCGUUGGUCAGGCCAGUGGCGCUGGUGAGUGCAGGGCGGAGCUCGUCGCGACCCAGGCUGGGCUCAGUUGCAACUUUGCCUGCACUGCUUGA